AUGUAUAACCACAAAGAUGGAGCUCCUUUCGAAACGGCAAAGAAAAUGUGUAAAAAAGAACCACCAGGUGCAACUCUAGCUAUGCCUAAGAGAAAGAACCAUCUAACUUCGUUUUGGAUUGGAUUGUAUGAUCCAAAUAAAGACCGAUAUUGGACUUGGUUAGAUGAUUCACCACUGGAGGACUACACAAGUUUGACUCCAAGUUACAACAACGACAGUGAACUGUUCCAGACAAACCCUCUUUUAUAUGCUGGUUGUGUUGUUAUAUCACACGAGGAUAAAACUACCGUGAGAGCUAUUCCUUGUACUUUAAAAACCGGCGUUCUUUGUCAGGUAGAUGCACUGGACAUUCCAUGGCCAGAUAAAAAUUCUCAUGAUACAUCAUGUUACUGUUCCAGACACUCAAGUUGUAAAUGUUGUGAAGAUGAGAAAGUCCUGACAAAUAUAACCUCGACAACGAUUGAGGUCAUAGUAGAAGACCUUAAAUUGGAUAAAUCAACACUAUCUUCCUAUCUGAGAGCGAAAACGAGUGCUCCUGAUUCCAGGGUUUCUUCUCGAUUUCUUGGGAGUAUUGGAAUUAUGCUGAUUACAUUAAUUUUUGGCUUCAUUGUAGCGUUGGAUUUUACACCUCCAAGACGUUUCAAGGUUAAAUUCCUAAGAAAGGUACACAGGAAAUUGGCUUAUCGGCUAAGCAACAGAAGAUGUCAACUUAGGGAAACAGUUCAUGUACACUAUACAUCUGAAAACUGAUGUCUGUAGCUCUACUAAUGUUCAAAUACAUGAUAGAAUAAGUGCAAAUGCUUUUUAUCGAUGAUGUUUGAAUAUUUUCUUUAU